GGGCGGAGCGAGAACACGUCCGGGACAGGUUUGAGAACUCGCUGUUCAACAUCCAUGCUGUUCACGGACUUGAGAAUCGGAAGAGCACCUGGACUGAGGCUGAUGAUGUUUUCACACGUACGGACAAGUACGCGCAAGUGUAGAUAUUGAGUAUCGGCCACGGACUUUCUACCGUUACAUUAUAUAACUCUGCCGGCACACUGUCACGUGUUUGCUCCGUGUCGCACAGCUGCCAGAGUAAAGUUACACAACAUGCCAGCAGAGAAAGUUCCUGACACUCCAAUGGAGGUCCUUGUGGAUCUGCUUACAAAAGCCAACAAGUUAGCUGCAUCAAGUGGAAAUGUCCCAGAAGAGUUGAAGGGUCAUUUGCAGAAGGCCCUGGACGUAGCCAGCGGCAUGGACGACUAUCUGGAGAAAAUGACCACACAGGAAAGUGAACCUCUGGCAGAGCUUUACAAAAAAACUAUUUCUCAUGACUGGGAUGAGGUGUACAAAGAGGGCAAAACUAUGUACCGUCUUCCCAAAGAAUGCAUCACUGGACAUGUUGAAGGCCAGACCCUUAAGAUGCUGAUUCACAUGAGUCAAGCAAAGGCAGUUCUAGAAAUUGGGAUGUUCACUGGCUACGGUGCCCUGUCCAUGGCGGAAGGUCUCCCCGAGGACGGUCACUUAGUAGCUUGUGAGCUAGAGCCAUACCUCAAGGAGUUUGCCCAGCCUAUUUUUGACAAGUCACCACAUGGCAGGAAGAUAACAGUCAAGACUGGAUCUGCCAUGGACAUCAUAAAGGAACUGGCAGCUGCAGGUGAGCAGUUUGACUUGGUCUUCAUCGAUGCUGACAAGAGUAAUUACAUCAACUACUACAACUUUAUCCUGGACAACAACCUGCUGCGAUUAAGAGGCGUCAUGUGCGUGGACAACUCGCUCUUCAAAGCAAAGGUUUAUCUCAAAGACACCACGGAUAACAAUGGACUGGCGCUUAGAGAAUUCAACCAGUUUGUAACAGAUGAUCCACGUGUUGAACAGGUCAUCAUCCCUCUCAGAGAUGGCAUCAGUGUCAUCCGCCGUGUUUCUGUGACCCCCAAGGACUCAAAGUCACAGAGCAAAGUAAACAAGGACAAGGUUUUCUGUGGGGUCAAUGGACGAUCCAUUCUCGACCGGAUGCGCCUUGAUGGACAGGUGGCGUAUGUGACCGGUGCUGGUCAGGGGAUAGGCCGAGCGUUCGCCCAUGCUCUGGGAGAGGCUGGUGCGAAGGUGGCUGUAGUUGACCUGGACAAAGAAAAAGCGGAGGUCGUGGCUGAAGAGCUCCUUCUUAAAGGCAUCAUUGCCAUUUCAAUCACAGCUGACAUCAGCAAGUCGGACGAUAUCCAGAAGAUGAUUGACACCAUUGUCUCCAAGUGGGGAGCGAUCCACAUCGCAUGUAACAACGCCGGCAUCAACAUGAACUCAGCCAGUGAAGACACAACUCUGGAGGAGUGGGACCAAACCUUUAACGUCAACCUGCGGGGUACAUUCAUGUGCUGUCAGGCAGCAGGUCGAGUGAUGUUGAAGCAAGGAUAUGGCAAGAUUAUCAACACAGCCUCCAUGGCCAGUCUAAUAGUCCCUCAUCCUCAGAAGCAGCUUUCCUACAACACAUCCAAGGCUGGAGUGGUCAAACUGACUCAGACUCUGGGCACUGAGUGGAUGGACCGAGGAGUGCGUGUCAACUGCAUCUCACCGGGGAUUGUUGACACCCCUCUCAUCCACUCAGAGAGUCUGAGGCCUCUGGUGCAGCGCUGGCUGUCAGAUAUCCCUGCUGGUAGACUGGCUCAAGUGACAGACCUGCAAGCUGCAGUGGUUUACUUGGCAUCUGAUGCCUCCGACUACAUGACAGGGCAUAACUUAGUCAUAGAGGGUGGGCAAAGUCUGUGGUAGAGUGGGGAGAAGGAGAAGGGAUGGAAACUUUGUUCCUCUUCACUCUCCUGGGACGCGUUUCAGAAAUAGGUGGCGUUCACGUUAUCUUCCCUUGACACAUUCACAGCAUUUUGAUUCCAGUCUCACUAAUUCACAUUGACAAAAUAACAAAAAAGUUUUCAGAGUGGAAGCUUACUGUCCAAAUGAGGAAGAACAACAUUCUUUGUCCCCAACACGCUUGGGAAAGGGAAGAGUAUUCUGUAUGUUACUGUUUGUUUCUUACACACUUCACCUUUAAAAGCCACUGGAAUAAAUGAAUAUUUCUCUAUUAUAAUAAAGCUGGAAUGCUGAAAAAAA